UCGUGUUCUUGAGCGAUGACAAAGACGGGAGUUGGUACUGUUGCAGAGGUGUGGAGAAAUCAGAAACGGGGAGGACUAACUACGACGGCAAGAAGUUCAUGACCUUCUUCCUUACAUCAGUCUAUGAUGGCGAGGGGAAGAACUGGGUCAAGGAAGACAAGAAGGUGUCUCUCGACCUUCGACUCUUCCAAGGCUACGGGGUCAAGGUUUUCUCGAUGAAAGCGUUUGAUGUGCGCGGAAACGGAACGGAGUUCCGAAUGCUGCCUCCGGAACAGUUCCUGUCCAAAACCAAUGGCUACCGCACUCUUCCCACUCCGGUUUUGCCCUCCGCUCGACAAGGUCGCGAUGCGGCCGAGCAGUCCAGCGAGGCCACAGACUACGACGACGGAGCUCUGCGCCACCUGGCUAGUCCCCAACAUCGUUCCCGGGGAGGUACAAGUGCCUUUGACGAGGAGGAAUGCGAGGGCCAAGAGGGGGAGGGCGGUGGUGAAGAGGGGGUCGAUGGUAACGAAGAAGAUGCUGAAGGUGAGGAUAAUGACAUGAACGAGGAGAGAGACGUUGGUGGUGAGGACGUCGAAGACAAUCGCUUCUCCCAAUGUGAGCGCCGACUCGGUAACAAUUCGCGGGCGUGCUGUGAGGAUGACGCCUACGGAGUCGGUGACGCGGAUGGUGUUGGUGGCCAGCCUGCGAUCUCCCAUGGAAUGUCGCAGUCGUAUAACCAGGCGAAGGAUGAGAGAGACAAACAUGGAUCACGGGGAAAGAGAAAGAGGGGAGAAGCGUCGACCUCUCCUGCGAGCCAAACGAAACAAGCGAGGACUAAUGCCAGGGUCAGGACACAAGAGCUGCGGGACUCUGGGGAUGAGGGCGAGGGGGUGGCGCCUCGCAUGCCCGAAGAUGUUGACGAGCUGGUUCAGCGCACCACGCCCCUUGACACAACACGAUGUUUCUUUCUCGAAUACGACGAGCAAGGCUUUGCCAGGCAAGACGUCCAUGUUGUUAACGUCGCCGUCAGAAGAAUCAAACGCAAUCCCCGUGGGAGGAUCCUUCAUAACCAUCGCUCGUUGUCUGAGAAGAUUGUGAGAGUCAUCGAGAAUGUCAUAGAAAGCUCCAUCACUGCCGACCCGGGGGCGUGGGAUAGACCUGAGCUCAUUCUUGCUCCAGUUGACCCGAACGGCGUCGUCGACGGACAGGGAAGGCGAAUCACGCCUGACGAGUUCUUCCAAAGGGACUCCGCAGAGUUCGACUGGUAUGUUGUUUGUGGUCAGCAUACCGCUGAGGACAUAAAACGGUUGGUGGCAAAGGACUCCGCCGCGGUCAAAGUCUAUGGCCUCAAAGCGUACUCUAAAGUCUGCCAAUCGGCGAUGGCAAAAUUUCGCUUGACAUGCCGGGGAGGAUGGAGGGGCGCCUGCCAGGUCCGUACAAAGAUGAGAUCAAGGGGACGAAGGUCGUUGUACCACUGCAUAUAUGCGAGAGAUGGUCCCAAAGGCUCCACCGUGUCCUGGAACGAUUUGUGUCCUUCGUACUUCAAAAACUUCGAGGCUAUGAUAUGCCCCGAGAGAGAAGUCACGGUACUCCUGCUCAUGAAGGAGAAAGUGGUUGCAACAAAUGUCAAAGUCACGCCUUCGAGGGUGAACACAGAGUGCCUCCUCGACAUUAUGCGCAAAGAGAGAUACACGGUCCGCAUGUUCAACUAUGUCGUGUUCCGCACCAAGGGAAGGGCAGAUGAAGAGUGGAACGACGACUUCUUCAUGUCGUACAAGGACCUGGAAGAGAGGUAUGCACCGAACGGGCUAUGCGCAGGUGAAUCGGAGAAGGAAUGGGAGAAACUGCAUAGCAACAAAGUGAAGACGGUCCCUCGUCAACUUGGAGGAGUGGAGGAGGCAAGGCAAGGUGCGGGCUUGGGACCUACAAAAGUAAUGUACAAGAAGGCUUCGUUUCACUUCAAGGUGUUCAUAUACACCGUCAUCGAUAAGCUCGAUUUACUUCGAGCGGAGGUGAAACGGAUUGCCUCCAGUGCACGUCAUCUUGUUUGGGACAAACUCGGCAGGCAAACCACAUUGCUUCCUGUGUGCAUAGGGUCAUCGAGUGACGUCACAAGGUACGACAACAUCGCUACGACGAGCCGGGACUUCAUGACCAUCGUACUGCACGCUGAGGGAGGGGAUCUAAAAAACGUAACCGUCGCAACCCGACUUCUCAAUGCUCUCACAGAAGUGCAUGUUGUGGAGGAUAAGUUCGAGAAGUGUCAAGGGAAACACGGUGACGUCGAAGGCGACGAAAGUGUUGCGUAUUCGAUUUGGGAGCGAGAACCCGACAAGUUGCGGAAAUUGUGCACUUCAUUCGUUGGAGAGGCGGAAGGUGUCCUUUUGCUGGGUAGGGCGCACACGAGUAUUGUGUGGGAGUUCAUGCUUGCAGGUGAUAAUGUCAUUGCCUGUGACGAGUCGGCCAAGGACAUUGCAUACUUCACAAAGUUCAUCGACAUACUUGUCAAGGAUGACAGAUUCAACUGCCGACUCGAGAAGCCGCGUUCCACACAUCGCAACAACAGGGACAUGUACCACAAGCUGGGACCGAAGAGACUGAAGGUGUGGGAAUACCUGUUCCGCGAUGCGCCGGAGGGACGUCUUGAUGGGAGAUAUAUAUAUAAGAAAGCCAAGGUGACAAAUGCCCUCAAACAUUAUCACCGUGCUCUGACUGGCGCCUUCGAGAAAUUCGUUGCUCGAUGCGGGAUCUUGAAGUUUGAUCUUCACAAAGAUCAACUGACGUUCAAGGACAAUGCAAACCUCGCUAAAUCGGGUGAAGGUUUUAACCUCGUCGACAGCGAGGAAGACUCAUCGGACUCCGAAAUAGAGAUUGAAAACGACACCAAUGCAGCCGCGUGGCGUGGGCAAUCCGCUGCCAUGGAGCGCGACGGCAGGGAAUAUGGACCGGGUCGAUCAGAGGGAUGCUCGAACCCGUCACCCACGAGCAGUAUAGCCCCGAUGGUGGACCAGGUUGAGUGUACGCCUAUCGAAGACGAUGAAGACGAUGAGAUUGAUAUUCCUGAUGAGGCAACGAAGCUGGCGCCAGGCAAUCCGAUUCCUCCCAACUUUUGUGUGGACCCAAACAGUAUGUGUUUCUUGGAGGACAAAUACGGCCGCACUAGUGAGGACAAGUGGGGCCAUGAUAUCAUUUGGCAUGACGACAUUUUAAAGUCAUGCAUCCAAGGUGGGGAGUGGAAGAUGGCGGUGAAGUAUGUGUCCGGUUGGAGACCGUUUGCCCGCAUGGGAAAGGACAACUGGCUGAAAACAACAGAGGUCGCAAUUUUAUGCCACGUGCGGAAAGAGAACCCCAGGGAGAGCGACUGUGAAACACCCGCGGACGCGUCCGUGGGCCCGAUCUCAGAUGGCGGCCGCAUAUGUGGCCGCGUCCGUGGCCGACCUGGUCCGCGCCGCGGACCCGAUUUUACGAGAUUUUUCCUGAAUUAAAUAAGAGGAAAAAAAAAAAAAGGGGUUGUAGGGAAUUUUAGUCCCUACAAC